UCGCCGCCUCCGCUCCGCUCGCAAUUCCAUCUUCCUCCGUAUUCCGCCCACCGCGCUCUCCCCGUUCCCUACAGAACCUGUAUCAACAUCAUCAACAUCAUCCAAGAGAUGAGUAGUCGCGGCGGUAAAUUAGCCCCAGAAGUCAAUCGAGCUCUGUUCGUCAAGAACUUGAGCUACAACGUCACUCCGGAGGAGUUGUUCGACCUUUUCGGAAAAUUUGGCCCAAUUCGCCAGGUUCGACAGGGUAUCGCGAGCAACACCAAGGGCACAGCCUUCGUCGUCUAUGAGGACGUAAUGGAUGCGAAGCAAGCCUGCGACAAGCUCAACGGCUUCAACUUCCAGAACCGCUACCUCGUUGUACUAUACCAUCAGCCCGACAAGAUGGUCAGGUCAAAAGAGGACCUCGAAGCCCGCCGCGAGUCUUUAGCUCAGCUCAAGAAACAGCACGGUAUCGAUUGA